CUGGACCCCCGGCCGUCGAUUCUCACCUACUGUACAGGCCGCGCUUAUAUAACCAGGCCGGCCGGCUCCGUGUCUAGCAGCGCUAACGGCAUGUGGUUCGGCAACAGCAGCACAAGAGGUACCCGAGCGAGUCGUUAGAGGCGUGCGUGCGUGCGUGUGUGUGUGCUAGUGCUACGGCGUACGGCGCAGCAGCAGCAGCGGCAGCCAUGAGCACCGGGCGCGAGAGCACCACCAGCAGCAGGUGGCCCGAGCUGGCGACCCUGCGGGCGCUGGCGCGCGACGCCGCGGAGCAGCUGCAGCUGCCGCGCGUCGGCAUGUCGGCGUCGGCGGGUGCGGCGGGCGGGAGGGAGCCGUCGAAGCGGCAGCCGGCGGGGUGGCGCGGCGGGCGAGACCGGGAGGACCACGUCCACGGCCACGGCAAGACGGCCAAGGUGAUGCACCUGCUGCUCUGGGGACCCAAGUGAAGGUGAAGUGAGGCCGGCCGGGCAUGUCCUCCUCCGAUCCAGUCCUCAGUACGUUCCUCACCGAGGUCGGUCUUCGAUCUCUGCCGCGCCGGUGUUUCUGGCGAUCCCGGCCGCUGGCCGCACGUACGGAUUGGGAUUGUACCUAUACUACGACUGCUGUACCAUACUAGCAGUGUACAGUAUUAUUGUACUAGUAGUAAAACUGCUGCUGCUUCUUCUUCUUGCACCACUUUGCUGUUUGCUCGAUCGACUGCUCGUCGCAUCGGUCAGUUUGGUUUUCAACUGUAAGCUCUCUAGCUAAUAAGCUGUAGUGUGGUGUUACAGUACUGUGUUACUGGGUGUGGUUCACUGGUUUGGACUCUGGAGCAGCAGAUUAUUAUUACCCUCUCCAUCUGUAAUGUAAUGUAAUGUAAGAAGAGUGCUGCUGCGUGUGAAAUUCAACUUAUUACCAACACAGUUUUUGUGUGUGUCGUCAA